AUUAAAAAAAGAGUUUAUUUUGAGGCUCCUAUAGUAUUUUUAACAUAUAGGUUCAAGACUAACGUGAACCACUUGAUGUUGAAUGCAUGUGGGCUAUUUUUCGGAUAAACGGUGUAUUGUUUACACAUUAGACUAGAUCUGAAAUGGACAGUUUGUUCCAAGACAGAAGCGUCCUAGCGUUAGAUGGAUCUGGUGUACAAUAAUGUUAUCAUUGGCAUAGCCUUUGGCCUUUCCUUAGUGUCCAUAGUUGUCGGAUGCCUGCGAUGCAAAAGGAGCCUAUCAGAGAAAGAGCUGCAACAGAAGUACUUUGAGAAGUUCCGGAAAAGGCAUAUAGUUCAAGGACCCCUCUCUUUCUCAAAACAAGUAGAUUAUGUGCGAAAAUUAUCACUUUGUGAGGAAAAUAAUACAUCAGUGUCAGCAUCUUCCCCUUGUGAACCUAACAAUAAUGACGACGCUUACCAAGUUCUGUCAUCACCCAAGGCUCCAGAAAUCAAAGUUCAAGAGGCAUCUGUGUGCAAUGAGCAAGGUUUCUUUGAUGAGUCACUUCAGACUGUUAUUGAGGCAUCCAGUGUCUUUGUGUCUGGGAGCCAGUCUAUCUCGCACUGCCUUUCUGUGCAGACAGUCUCUUACCUAAGUUUGUGCAACUGCUCUCAGUCAUCGCAGUCCGACAACCAGUCCUCCACCUCCUCAGAAAGCCUCGAGACACAACUGGCCAAGAAUGGGGCAGUUAAUGAGGCAUAUGACAGCACAUUCUCCACGUCUGAGGGCCAGGAUUCCCAAGACUCCCUUGAAGAAUCUUACUUUGUUCCAAGGCAUGGACCAAAAGUCAAAGUGGUUCAGCCAAGUGUAAGGUAUGCCCAAAAAUUAGAUACCCAAGUGGUUCAGCCAAGUGUUAGACAGGGCCCAAUAUUAGAUACCCAAGUGGUUCAGCAAAGUGUUGGACAGGCCCCAUUAUCAGAUACCCAAAUGGUUCAGCCAAGUGUUCAACAGGGCCCAAUAUUAGAUACCCAAGUGGUUCAGCCAAGUGUUAGAAAGGCCCCAACAUUUGAUACUCCACAAAAUAAUUUUUCUAAAAGAUUUCUGGAGUUGGAAUCACAGCAAUGUAGCUCCUUUAGACGGCAUUCUGACAUCGGUGUUCCAUCCAGUCAUUUUGAAAAUGAAAUAGACAUUUUUGACUGCUCGGUGGAAGAAAAUGGAAGUCUUUGGGAAGAAGCGGAAGAUGCUUUAUCGGGUUUGCAUGACAAGAAUGUCCACAAAAUGAUUGUGGAAGGUCCUUCACAUUACAACAACAGAAGGCGAUCUUAUGACAGUAUGUCACUUUAUGAAAAACUAAGGCAGUCAAAGAUAGAAGAAAACCUUUAUAAGUCACUUCACAAAAAGAGACUGAUGCUGCCCUCAAGGACCAAGACUUGUUCACCACUUUCUUCAAAAACAGUUUCUUCCCCAGUGAAUAUGGUCACCCCACUAAGAGCAAGGACACGAGACUUUCCUGUGGGAUAUUCUGAUCAUACAUAUGAAUGCAUCGCAGCUGAUCUAGCUAGUGAGCUGAACAACAGAGACCUUGCUGAUGUUGUGAUCAAUGACCUUGAUUCUAAUUUAAAUGACAAUAAUACAGAACACGAUGUCAGAAGAAGCCCGUAUAGCAGGCAGUAUAGUUUCCAUAGUGACCCCAGUGAGUACUCUUCUGUGGAUCAUACCUAUGAAAGUAUUCUGUCCCGUCCAAGGUCUCAAAGUGUUGAUGAUGCUAAAGAGGAACAGGAGGCUUGUGAUAACUCAGUUGUUAUUAUUGGUCGAAGGGUGUCCAAUCCUUUUGAAAAUGGUAAAUUUGCUAAGAGAAUGAUCAACAAAAAGAAACAGAAUAUAACAAAAGACACAGAUUUGCUCAACCUUCCAAUUGAAAAGAAGUUUUUGAAAGAGCAUGAAGAUAGGUAUAGUCCAUUUCCCAGCGCUAAAAAGCUUGCGUUUAAAUCUGCUUUUAGUAGAGUGGCAUCACCAAGGUUCAUUUUAGCUCAGAAAAUUCAGGAAAACCUUGAACACGAGUUCAAUGCCUCCCAAGAACUCUGCAUGGAAAACUUGAACAUCAAAACUCCAGAAAUUAAAGUGGAGAACACAUCACAACGCUUCAACAACACAGCCUUCCUGUCUCCAAUAUGCCUUAAGGACUCCGUGUUCAGGAGUGGUGAGCAUAACAUUGACCCGCACAUGGUUACCAAGGAAAUCGCCUACCAGACCCUGAAAGCAUGCGAGAAUUUGAAGUACAACAGAAUGAACCUUGAUACAGGAAAUGUAGAAAAACUGUACAAGAAGAGUUUGCCAUCUCUGCCAGACUGCUUGGACGAGGAUAUUGUGAACCACUGCAACCUGAAUGCUUAUGCCAUGUCUACCCCUUGCAAUCCUGUGCCACAAACAUGUAACUAUUUUUAAAUUUGGCAAAAGCCUAGUUUUGAAUAACUUGGCAGCUUUAUACAUGCCUAAAGAUCAGUCCAUUUUCACAAAAGGCAAAUAGAAGUUUUGGCUUUCAAUGCACAUAUUGUUUAUCAUGUAUGUGGUAUAAGUCAAUAAUUACAAGUGUAAUCUACUCAUAUUUAAAAAAUGUGUCUAAUAAAAACAUUUAUUUAUAUUUUCAGUUGAUCAAUAUAUAUGUGUCUUGUUCUGAGAAAACUGGGCAUAAUGCAUGUGCGUAAA